CUUUAUCGUUGGUACUAGCAAAGGGAUGACUAUGGAGCCCGAAAUCUCAAUUUCCACCUCCAACUCCAAACCUCCUUCCAAGCCUUCUUCCAAACGUCUACUCUUCGAUCGCCGUUACGGUUGGGUAUUCGACGAAUGGAAAGAUCCAUCCCAAGAAGCACUUUCCGGCGGCCGAGGCAUGUUUUGUAUAUUGCCAUUGGCGACAGCUUUACUGAAGACGGCUUCGCAAUCGAUUAACCUUGCAGCAAACACUGCGGUUAAAGUUCUUGAAAGGCCAAACCUUCUAUCACCACAGGAACUAAAAGCUAGUUUUGAUGAUCGAUUUCACAAAUUUAUGUCUUCUAUACAAAAACCAGAAUUCAACUUGUUUGCCAUCAAAGGAAAUUCGACAUUGCAUGCUACUGAUUCCUCCUCACAUCCACAUAGAGGUAGCAGUGAGUCACAAAUGGCUAGUACAACAUAAGUUUGCAAAUUUGUGUAACACAAUAUCAGUUGUCUUGUAUUGGAUUAAUAUUGGGCAUGUAUACGGUUUUGAUUAGGUGGCAUUGGUUAUUAUAAUGAUGGGGAUGGUGAAUCUAAUUUUGAUAGUGUCUUCUAUCUCAAGAGAUGGUUGAAGGGUCUGUAUUUAUUGGAUCGGAUUCUUUAUUAGUUAAAUUUGUAGAUCCCAAUGGCAUUAACUUAAAGUAUCACCAUACAUUCGAUAUCAAUUCUUCUACUUGUAUGAGGUAUUCCAGAAUUGGUUAUUUGACUUGGCAAUGAAUCUCAGUUAUUAAGAAUGUACAAGUUAGA